AUACAAGUAUGUACAUGGUACCUGCUGCUGUGAAAUGUAUAAUUUGGUGUAAAAAUGUAAAAUCUGAAUAAUCAAAUUUGAUAUGUGUGUUUUGUGGAAACCUGUGUUCGUAGAAAAAGUGAAACGAUCGAGCUAACUGCAAAGCUGCUCUUAAGGAUCUGCCGAGCCCGCAUUAUCUGUGAUAUACAGCUCAGCCUCUCGUCCGUCCUAUAAGGGCUGGGCCAUUUGGGGCUAGAGGCGAGUCCGCAGCAGCUUCCAGCGGUGAUCUCACCCUGCCCUCUGCCACAGAGGCACAAACCCUGCUACCUGCUUUAUUGACUGCAUCACUACGAACCAUUGUUACUUAGUCUAUAAUUGAAACAAUAUGCAAUCUGUGAAAAUAAGUAUAAUAUUAGGUGGAUAUUGUAGAAAAUUAUUCUAUUUAUAAUAAUUGUCUGAUGUCUAAUGUUUCUGUAAUAUUAUGUGUUCCACAUUUAAUUAAGGAUAAUUGUUACUCCAAUAUUGAUACUGUUACCGAACCAAUGCAAUGUAAUUAUUCCACCUCAAUGUUGGUGGUGUACACAAAUAAAUUUGGUGCUUAUAAGCGAGUCGAAGAGAAGGAUGAAAGUCAGCAAAUUAGAAUAAAAAUGGUAGAUAAUAAUAUUUAUAAUGUAGAGUUUGUUGAUAGUAUCCAACAAAACCAAAUGAUUGGCGAUACGCCUAACUACUGCAUUCCUUUAAAGAUUAACGCCAUAACAGUCCAGGGUAUCUCAUACAGUGACCCGUAUUUCAGUAGCUUUAACUUAAACUAUAAGAUGGCGUUGGGAGCGCCAGAGUAUAUGAACAAGUCUGAUUACGCUUUUAAAUCCUCAGUUUGUAUUAUACGAGAUGAGCCUUGCAUGAAUAAGACGCAACUACUAAACGAAAAGUCUAUUAACAAAAUGAUAUGCAAAACAAAAACCCGAAUGAUUACUUAUAACGACAAGUCUGUAGAAACCAACCAUGACAAUAAAGUAUUGGAAGUUGGUAUUGAAACAUCAACUAAGCCAGUAUUGAAGACAUUCGCUAAUGGCGAUUUAACUUUCGACGCUUUGUUGGAAUUAAUGGAGAAGGAAGGGGAGAUUAUUAAAAAAAUGGCCAAGACUAAUGAAUUAGAUUCUUGGGGUGUACCACGAAGACUUCGGCUGCAAGGUGGAGGAGAAAGUUCCCUCAAUGCUGCUAGUGGGUGGGGCAGUCCACCUGCAUCUAAUAGUGCUGGAAAUUGGGGCGGUAAUUCCAGUGGUCAAACCAACAACGGAACCAACAAUACUCAGCAAUGGAAUAACACUCAACGACCACCCACUUCUCAGACUGACAUGAACAGUAAUAAAGGAAAUGGCAAUCAAUUGCCACCAACUAGUGGAGCAUCACAAAGUUGGCAGACAUCACCACCAAAUAUGCCAAAUGCACAAAAUAAUAAUGGUGCACCCCAAAGUAACGGCACAAAUAAUACUGCUAAUGGUAAUAAUGGAGUUAGCAACCCCUCUAAUCCUAAUGCGAAUUCCAAUGGGGUGUCAACGGCUAUAGGAAAUAAUGGCAACCCAAAUAAUACUUCAGCUAAAAUAGAGCAGUUAAACUCUAUGAGAGAGGCUUUAUUCAGUCAAGAUGGCUGGGGAGGUCAACAUGUUAACCAAGAUACUAAUUGGGAUGUACCUGGAUCUCCUGAACCAGGAGCAAAGGUAGAGCCAGCUGCUGCUGGAGCCCAGCCAGCUUGGAAACCCAAUGUAAACAAUGGUGCUUUCCUUGGAACUGACCUCUGGGAAGCAAAUUUGAGAAAUGGUGGCCAGCCUCCACCUCAGCCUGCAACAAAGACUCCAUGGGGUCAUACUCCUACAACGAACAUAGGUGGUACUUGGGGCGAAGAUGAUGAUGCCGCUGAUUCUGCGAACGUUUGGACUGGUGCACCACCUCCGCAACAAUGGCCCGCGGGUCCUCCACAACAUUCCCAGCAGUGGGCAGUACCAAAGAAGGAUGAUUGGAAUGCUUGGGGAGAACCUCACAGGUCUUCCGAUCCGAGACUUGACCCACAUCGCACUCCUGAUCCUCGACAGCAACCCUCCGAUCCACGUCACGAUCUUCGCGGUGGAAUAUCCGGUCGAUUAAAUGGAGACAUGUGGAAUCAGCACCAUCAACACCCCGGUGGCCCCAAUAAAAUGAUGCCGUCCGGUGGCGUUAAUCAAUGGGGAGCACAGGGUCCCAAAGAGACGAUUAAAUCGUCAGGAUGGGAGGAGCCUUCUCCGCCGGCAGCACGACGCGCAGGUACCGGGUUCGAUGAUGGAACGUCUCUAUGGGCACAGCGUGGUAUGGGCGGAAUGAGUCGCGGCGCACCGCAGGGGGCACCACCACCGCAGCGUAUUGCGCCUGCCCCCACCAAGCCUGAUGCCGUGUGGGGCGUGCAUUCGCAGCGUAACGGCUCGUGGGAGGAUUCGCAUGGGGCCGCAGCCUGGGGUGAGCGUGAUGUGUCCGGAUGGCCAGAUGUCACCGGACCUGCACUCUGGCCGGUACCGAAACCGAAGCCAUCCGGUCCGGCCGCCGCCUGGCCCGAUGAUAUCGGCGAGUGGGGCGGUCCCAAACCACCCCAAAGUGGCGCUCUCGGAAAGCAGCUGCCUAAAGAGAUGGUCUGGAACAGCAAGCAGUUUAGAUAUCUCGUGGAGAUGGGGUACAAAAAGGAAGAAGCAGAAGCGGCUUUACGUAGUCGUGAUAUGAACACCGAGGAGGCUCUAGAGAUGCUGACUGCCUCGCGAGGUGACGGAUGGCGGCGUGACGAGCACUUCCAUCAUGGACCCUUCCAGCCCCAACCUACGGUGCCAGUGUCACCUGCUGUCGUGCAAAAACUGCUUAACCAACCCCCACCACCAUCUGUACAGCAUCAUCCUUCUUACAACCCCAACAGUGGAACUGGCAGUAGUGGACAACCUAGUACAGCCCAGCUGCGUAUGUUGGUACAGCAAAUUCAAAUGGCUGUUUCAGCAGGAUAUUUGAACCAUCAGAUCUUAAAUCAGCCACUUGCACCACAAACGCUUGUGCUGCUCAACCAGCUAUUGCAACAAAUUAAAGUGCUUCAGCAAUUCGUACAACAACACACCCUUGCUAUAUCAAAGGCGAAUUCAUCCCUCGCAUUGCAGUAUUCGAUGCAGAUUACAAAGGCUAAGCAACAAAUUGCAGGCCUGCAGAACCAGAUAACGACACAGCAAGCUCUCUAUAUGAAACAGCAAGCCGGAGGUUCCGACUUGUUCAAACAGAGCCAUGACCCCCUGUCUCAUUUGCAGAACAACUUUAGUGACAUGAGUAUCACAAAGGACACUCAAUCUGCAUAUGGUGCAAGUGGCAACCAGCAAUCUCGCCUGAAUCAAUGGAAGUUGCCAUCACUGGAUAAAGAUGGCGAAGGUACCGACUUUAGCCGUGCUCCCGGAACAGCCAAAUCAGCCACCAGCCCACAGCUUAACCAGAUUGGGUUACAGCAGGAUACCACGUGGGGCGUGGGGCGCGGCGGCGAGGGCUGGGGCGACGGCGGCGCCGACGUGGCGGACGGCAAGGACGCGUGGCCCUCGCACCCCGUGCACCCGCCCGUGUACGACCUGGUGCCCGAGUUCGAGCCCGGCAAGCCGUGGAAGGGUAAUCAAAUGAAGAACGUCGAAGACGAUCCCGCUAUGACGCCGGGAUCUGUCGUUCGUUCACCUCUUUCGCUCACUGCUAUAAAAGACAGCGAUAUGCUCGGAGGGAAGACUUCGCCUCCUGGAGGCGAACGGUCCCUCUCCUCUUCGACUUGGAGUUACGCUCCACCGGCGACCAGUGCCGGGGGCUUGAAGCCCGCAGAUGCUUGGGGAGCGAAACCUCGCCCUGCGCCUCCUGGCCUAAACAAAUGGCCCCAGCAUCACGUCAACUCGCGCGCUGUGCCGUCGUGGCAAGCGUCUACCUGGCUCCUAUUGAAGAACCUCACUGCACAGAUCGAUGGAUCGACUCUGAAGACGCUCUGCGUGCAGCACGGGCCCCUGCAGAACUUCCACCUCUACCUCAACCAGGGACUGGCCCUCGCGCGCUACUCCACUAGGGAGGAGGCCGCUAAGGCUCAGAUGGCUCUGAACAACUGCGUGUUAAGCAACACAACGAUCUUCGCGGAGUCGCCGGCAGAGUCCGAGGUGCAGAUGAUCCUGCAGCACCUGGGCUCGGGCGGCGGUGGCGCCUGGCGCGGUGGUGGCGCGAAGGUACGUAGCGACGGCUGGGGCGGCGGCUUCCCCGGGCUGUGGCCGGAGCAGCACGAGCAGCGCGCCACGCCGUCGUCGCUGAAUUCGUUCCUGCCGCCGGACCUACUCGGCGGGGAGUCUAUCUAAGCGCCGACGCAGGAUCUAGUUGUAAUUACGCUUCGCCGCCUCCGGGCGGACACUUCAUUCGCCUAGUCACGUCGAGCCGCAGCCGACUGUCCACAAUACUAUAUUCUACAGUUUCGUAAGUGUUCACGUAGAUAACUUAGUGUACAUAAGAAGUAACAUGCGGGCGGGCGCGCGGGUGAGACGCGCGCGCCCGUGUCCGCGUCGACGGAAUUACCAAAUAAUAUAAGCUAUCGGAGUAGAGUAGUUGCGUCGCGGGCUACCUCAGUCACUCGUCCCGUGACCUUAUUUUAGUAUGUAUUUAUUUUGUUGCGCUCGAGGGCUGUUGCUGUUUCGCCCGUCGAGCUGUUGCGUUCCGAGUUUCUUUCGUGUUUAUUUUUAAUUUGUGUUUAUCUUGCAUAUUCUGUACGUAUUUUAUGAUUAUUUAUUCCGUUUUAAAAUUCUCACUCGUGAUGAGCCUUCGUUUUUCCAGUAGUGAUAUUUUAUUCAGCAAUAAAUGUUUACGUGCAUUUCGCCCGAUUGUCGAAAGUUUUAUUAUUAGUUGGUAAUUUUAAUGAGAGUAACAAAAAUUGUAAUCGAUGAGAUUCGAAGUGCAUUCUUGUAGAGAUAAAUUCCUUUAAGCCGUAUAGUCUGAGCGGGAAGGCGCAUCUUGCCAGUCGUGGGGCUCCGCAGCCUCCGCCGAUGCUAAAAAUUUCCCAAAAUUUUUUCCAGUAUUUGUGAUUCAAGUGCCACUUUAUGUUUAAUAUAUGAAACGAUUAUCUAGAUUAUACGAUUAAUGUAAGGGUAACCUAAUAUAUUAAAUUGAAAAUUGUUUUAUCAUUUUAUAUUACAUACAUUUGUGAGAAGUGUUAUAAAGUACUAUAAUUGACCGUAAUUUAAAUAUUACACUUUUGUGUAUAGGUAAGAAUAAAGUUCUAACUUAAAUUUAGCCAUAUCAAUAUCUAUUUAAUAAAAGAUUUGUGGUAUUUUCUAUAGGCUCAAUUUGAACGUUAUUCAAAGUGACAUAUGCUUUAGAUAUUCUGUUAAUAAUAUACUUGUAGUCGUAGGUCUCUCGGUAUUACAUCAUAGUAGCUGUAAGUUUACACUUAAGUCCUAUCGUAGGUUACGAUAAGCAUACGAUUGAUAUUUUAUGGCAACGAUCACACAUGUAAAAUGUUCGUUAUGAUAAAAGUUUAUUUACAUCUUUAUUUACUAUUUAAUUUAUUGAUGGUGUGCCACAGAGAUACUCUGCCAAAAUAUAUCAUUACCAAUAUGUAACGGGGUUAGCUAAGUCGACAGGCGAGGCGGGGCGAGGGAGGCGAGGCGAGACCCACCACGCUUGAUCCGAACGAGCGGUCACAGUAAGCGAUUGACUAUAAUAAUCUAAAUUAUAUGUAUUUUGAGCAUCUUCCAGUGAUCUUUGUAUUAAACAUACGAUCGUAGUGCUAAGUUAGAUGUUAAGUAAUCGCUGUACCUUAUCGAGUCCCGCGCUCGAGGACUCUUCACAAAUUAAAUAAGUUAAGUGAUUGCGAUGUGGAAAGUAUUUGUGCGUUUGGACUCUUCGACCGCUUCGAACCCUUAGAUUAUAGUGUUAAAUGUUUCGAUGUAUGAUGUGUUCAAUUAGUAACGAUGUUAGCAUUUCUCAUUACUGUGUAUCACCUAUUUAGGGACCUAUACUAACGGUGUUCGUGUAUCCGUUGUCAGUUGCAUAUUGUAUUUCUAAUCGCCUUCCGCCAGUCGCUUGUAACGAUACGAUCACCUGUUCAAUCGUGACCAGUUACAUAUUAUAAAAUAUUUUUACUACAGAAUUUUGGAUGAUAAUAAUAUUAAUUGAAGGCACUGUAUAUGCAACGAAGGAAACCAACGGUUUUGCCUACUCGAGGGCCUUAUCGCAGACCUUGUCAACGCGACGUAUAUUGUUAGGUGCCAAAGAAUGAGUAUCAAAGAUGAUGAUGUUUGGAACGAAAUUGAUUGCAUCUCUGCUUAGACAUAUCUUCCAAAUUAAUUUGAAAUUAGUUUUCGGUACGGGUUUUUGAUCUGAUGUUCCUAUUCCAUUCGUGUUACGUGUACGCAACAAGGCGCAAACCGCUUAACAGUCAACAUGUCAAUUCUAUUGUUGUCGAGCUCAAUUUUAUGUGAGGGUGUUUCUUUUUAAUCGAUUCGAUAGGGUUUAAAUGAAAUGAUAUAAUUUUAAUUAUCCGGUGUCGUUUCUGUCCACGUCUACACCGAUCGAUAAUGACUCAAUCAGUAAGUAGUCUGGUCGGAACGUGAAUCUAUUACAGCAAUAAAGUUCGAUAUUUAAUUUUUAUAAAAAUUUUCAAUUUAAAAAUAAAAAAAAUAAAUAAAUAAAUUAGACGAGCCGUGUAACCGAAAGUAUAAUGAUCCAGUGCCCUGUAGAAUACGUUGUCCAUAGAUUAAAGACGUAAGAAGUCAUGCCUUGAAGUUUUUUAGUCAGUUAAAUGUAAACAGUACUUAAGUAAUGAGUAUGUUAUUAUAAUAAAGAUACAUAUUAUAGGCGUUGUGGUGUAGCGGUGUUAGGUGUUGUCGGUAGGGAGUGGGACCGGCGUGGGACCGGUGUGGGACCGGUGUGGGACCGGCCAGGUUGUGAGCGGCGCUCGCGUCGCGCAAACUGAAUCUCCUCUCGGUUCAAGGACUGCAUUAUUUCCUGCACACGAUUGCGCCACGUGCAAUUUAGUCUGUGUUAUUAUUAUGUUGUUGUAUAUUUAUAUACCUUACACCUUAUACUGUAAUAUGUAUAUAUUGUGAAAUUAUAUUCUUAAAAGAUUUUAAUACGCUUCACGCUUUCACUUCUAACAUUUUCGUGACUUGUUUCUGUUAUCUAGAAUAAAUUUACGUACCUAAAAGUAAUUAUAAUAAUUAUCAUAGAUUUUAAUGUAAGAAAAUAAUAAAAAAUAAAAAAAAAAAAAAUUAAAUAAAAAACGAAAAAAAAGAAAAGCAAUUAAUAAAAAACCAAUGAUUGUGCCUCAAUGAACUGUGGUACGUUACCGUAACCGAUGGCAGGUUUAAUAGUUUCCUUAUAAUGAAUUGUGCGCUAGGCACCGGUCGUGACAAGCUGUAGACAAUAUAAGGCUGCGAGCGGCGAGGCCCGCGCUCGCCUCGUGUAAUCAUUAAUGAGCUUAGCUAUGUUUUACUUUUAUUAUAAGUGUUAUGACAUCAAUCAACAUUUUAUAUAUUAUACUUACGUGUAAAUAUUUUUAUCUAUUUAUUUGGUUUUUUCAUGAAGUUUACCCGAAUUAAUAUGUAACUUAACUGUUUAUUUACUCGGAGUGUGAUCCGUCGGAGGCAUCGUGCGGGUUACGCGCGGGCCGUACAUAACACUUGUAUGCCAAAGUCAAUGUCUUAUUGCCAUUAACGACCACAUUAUAAUAAUAUAUACUUAGAUAAUCUGCGUGUAUCUGUGACAUCACAACAUAACUAUUGAUCGUACAAAUGGGAGCCAUUUUAUUUUAACAGCCGCCGCCGAGGUCGGUGUUCUGUCCAAGCUGCUCUGGUUUUAUUUUAGCUCAAGUAUUCAAAUAGUAGUUUGCUCAUAAUAUUGUUGUUAUUAUUAUUAUUAUUUUUUAAUUUUUAUUUUUUUUUUAACUUUAUAAUGUAACUUCCUUGGCGCACGAGAGAAAUUUUUAAAAUUAUGUUCGCCUUCAUCGAUUAGCAUGUAAUUGUUUUACGAAUGGAUCAGUGUAACGAGUAUUGCAUCGUGUUCGCGUAUAUGUGUACCGCCUAGAACGCAUCUCAGUUAGUAAUAUUUUGUAAUGAUGCAUCGAUACCGUCCGACGUCUCCUCUUAUAAUAGUUCAAAUACCACUGAGACUUAGUCUAAUUUAAAUGAAAAUUGGUCAUUUGACAAGGGACGACGGUGCGGUAUCGUGAUCGGCUUUAAAAACGCAUUUUAAUGCGAUCUCAAUCGAAAUAGCUAGAAUAUUAUUUAUUUGAACAGUUGACUCGUAUAGGGACCAAAUAUAUACGAAACGGUAUGGUUUAUUUAUCCUAUAAACGUCCAUUGCGCUCGAAAGCGAUGCAUACUAAAAAGACAUUUCAUCUUUCCAUUUACGAGAGCGAGCUCUAUAGCGUAUUCGUAGCGGUACAUCGCUACAGCGGUAGUGUACAGUAUACAGAAGGGCCUUUUAAUUUGAUAAGGUUUAAAAAGUUGCUUGUUAUCUUUUUUUAUAUAUAUUUUUGUACGUUGACGUCCUAUUACAAUAGAAGCAUAUUAGGUGAUAUCUACAAAGAAACUAGUCUUCCUUAAAUACGAGGGUCGCGGCGGAUCGGUGGCGGAUCGGCAUCGGCGCAAGAGGCAAUCAUUCCUCUAGUCUUGUUUCGUGGUGCGAUUAAGAGAAUACCAAAUAUAAUCUAACGAAGGCUUUGAUGUAGUGUAGCGGUAGGCGGUAGCGGUAGGCGGUAGGCGGUAAGCGAUAGAUCGGCCCGAGCAGCUUGGAACCUGUCUUAAUGAUACAAGGGAAUGGUUGGGUAGUAUUAUUAUAUUGCAUUUAUUUCUCUUUUGUCAUAGUCACUCAAGAAUAUAUUUAAUUAAUUGAGCUAAUGCCUAAAAAUUGGAAUAUCAGAGUUUAUUUAGGAUGUUUAAUAUUUUACAUUUUAGUGUUUAAAUAUCUAAAAUUUACCUUAAUUAUAGUGAAUGGAUUUUUGUAUUAUUGGUAUAUAUAGCUGUAAGACAAAGGGUGUUCUUGAUUAACACAAAAACUGAUUAAUACAAAAUAAUGUACUGAGUGACUUUACGUGUAAACAGAGGGCCAUUGAUUAAAAUGUUGAAGUAAGCUAAAUUCUCUAUUUGGUAAUUUAAAUAAAUGUGAUUGCUGAGAAUAUUUUUAACUGCUAUAUGUAAUGUUAUUAUAGAUCAUUAAGUGGACACAAAACGAUAGUCACUGAGCGUUACUCGUCAGGCCAUUGGGCCGGCAUCUCGCCCGGUGUCCUUCCAUGGCACGUCACUUUCCAAUGUCGCUUAGCUCGCGUUCGAUUGUUUCACUGACGAGUAUAUAGCGUCUGUGUAUAUAUGUAUGUGUAUCAAGGCCCACCCCCCCCCCCCACCACCAACAGUUAAUUGAUGCAGUAGACUCCAGUUACUGCUCGCUAACUUCACAAGACACUGCUUCUCUAGUCUCCUCGCAUUCGAACAUCGCUUUUAAACGAGCUUUUGUUAUCGAGCAUAAUUAAUAAUCAUAUCCUAAUAUCGAAACUAGUUAUUAUUCGUAUUAUUCUUUCAUUAGAUCUCUGUCGUACCUGUGUCAAAUUGUUUAUAUUCAAUGUUCGUGUACUAUAAGAGAACUCGACUCGUCUCGACGCACCGUGCUUUUGAUAUACGUAAUAACGUAGUUUCAACGACCAAAUUUCUAUGUUCCAAUUAACUGUACAACCUCUCAUUGUAUGUCAAUGCGCAUGCGCGUCAUAACAAUACUCUGCGGUCUUACAUUAGUCACUUUUGUACCUUGAUUGUACUCGUACUUGAAUAUAUAACCUAUAUAAGUGAGGAACGACUAAUCCAAUUCUGAAAAUAUACUUAAUUUUUAAAUUUUGACAGACUGAUAGCUGUGAUUAAGAAAAAAAAUAUUUUUAAUAUUAUCCAGUGAGUCGGAUGAAAAUAUUUAUUUUAUUAGAGGUUUCCUACUGCCAUCGACACGUUUUGUAUGUGACGAGACAUACUGCUUUGCAUAUAUUUUUUACUUAGUGUCGUAUCGUAUUGUAUCGAAUACGUUCAGUGGUACGGGAGCGAGGCCACCGAACAGCUUACUACGGAACGAGAACAAAUAAUAUUAUAUUAAGUCAACGAUUGUGUAAACUCGUGCUCUCCCUCAUAGCGAUAUGUGAGCCAGUGUUACGUGACAUCGUCAUCUGUACGCACAGACUGAAAAACAAAUUUUUGUAAGUAUCAUUUACCACCGAUGUCAUUUGCUAUUUAUUUACGUUAAACAUUUGAUCUUAAACGUUGCAUAUCGACAAACAUUUCUAUAAUUCGAAUCGUUUUUUUAUUUCUAUUCAUAUCCGUUAUCCCGUAAUUGUGUUAGGUUUUAUAUAAUUAUAAUAAAUGUUUUAAGUUAUAUCAUAAUAAUGAAAGAACUUAAUUGCCUUUAGUGAUGUAGUGUUCGAUAACUCUCUAAAGUAACAAUGGAUCGGCGUUGUUUUUUAUAAUGAAAUAUAUUUUUCGGUACCACCUUUGAGUUAAAGUACAACGUAGAUGUAGAAAUGUGUCUCAGUAACGUAAUUCAUUAUAACAAUAUCAAGUUAUGAUAAUCGAUAAGUUUAUAUUAUAGAUUUAAGCUGUCUCGUCUCAUUACACCAAUGUUAAAAUAAUGAAAAAAAAAUAAAAAUAAAAAUUCCUCAAUAUUUGUAUUUGAAUCGUAUUUUAAUAGGCAGAUACUAAAUUUUUCAUAAUGAUAUCAAUAGACUAAUUAUAAAAGAUUUUUUCUGUGUAAAUCUCUGUGAUGAGAAAAUUUAAUUCUAAAGACGUAGUAUUAACUGGUAAUGAAACAGGUAAUUUAAUAAAAAAUAUAUAUAUUUUAUAUUUAUAUAUCGCGCGUUUCGAUGACACAAUCUCACCGGAGGUUUGUCGUCGGCGAGUUUUUUGGCGCGAUAAAAAUCUUAAUUUUUCACUAUAAGUGUGACCUGUUUCAUAUGUGACAAAAAGUUGAACUUUUCAGUCUUUUUCGCGCAAAGGGUUGUGUAUUAAUUUUUUACGUAGUACAAAUGUGUUCGCAAUUAGAUUGCUUCUGUAGUGUUCCUUAAGUUCUUUUUACCUGUUUCGGCAUUUAUUUGAAACUCGUAUAAUUUAAAUCUCAAAACAAAAAUAAAUAAAU